AUGCUGGUCAUCUUAUUUGCGUUCUACAAGGCAUUGCGUCAGCUGAAAACCGUCAUUUUGUUUCGUAAGCUGAAAGGAACAGGAUUUUCCAUGCUGUAUUUGAAUGCAACAACCCAGCAAUUUUGGCGAAAGGAUAGAGCAAGUUUUGAAGAUCUUCAUCUUGUGAACGACCAAAGCUUUGAAUUGUGUCUAGACGGUUUCGUGCACGAUGAAAUUGAGCAGAGCUUUGGAAUUCUCGCCCAAUUCCGACUACUUGCCACAGGACAGUACAACUUGAAGAACAACGACAUUCCUGUGCUCAGGCGAUGUCUCGUUCCCUUUUGGUCCAAGUCGGAUUUGAUCGCGAUCGGUGAGCAUUUUGCAUGGACUGAACACGAUAUCAACGAGAAAUACUUUUACGCGGGUGGAAAUCGGCGUGGUUUCUUGUUGGGCGAGGAGGUUGCCAAAGACAGUAUUGACAGUGCUGUUCGUCACGUCGAUUUGAAUGGUAUCCAACUACUCAACACUCAAUAUGGUCUUGGAUCACAGGUGCAAAUUCAUCGCUUGCGAAUGGCAUCCACCGGCCAAAGCGCCAACCUGAAGAAGUAUUACAUGUCUGGAUCGUGGUUUUGUGUGAUCAAGUCAGUGUAUGCGUUGAGAAAACAAGCCCACAUUGUAACGCCGACCUUACUAUCAGGAGCAAGUCGAGUAUUGGUAUCCAAGCCAAGUUGA